AUGACGCUGGUCGUGUCGCUGGAGAUAGACCUGGCCGUCCUGUUUUCGCUGCCGGCGAUGGCGUUCACGCUACUGGAGGUGACACCGGAAGUUCCGAACGCAACUGGUGGCGGCCGUGGCGACUACUGCUUGGAGGAGAUGCUGGUGGCGCUACUGAAGAUGAUGUUCCUGGAGCCCGCGGCUGGCUUGAAGAUUCCUUGCAUCGUUGCUGGCGUGGGGUACACGUUUGUCGCGGAAGUUCCGGAUGGUGCUGAGGCGCAGCAUUUACGCGAUGUGGCGUGGACGGCGAUGCUGACGAAGAUCGGUGACUCUACUGAAGCGGCUCAGGAGGUUGGCGACAACGACUUGAGUCCUAUCACUUGGAUUUGUGCGGUUCUCACCCUCGGCUUUGGGCUGUACCUCUACGGCAUCGACGCGAAUUUAGUGCGCGGCUCGACGUCGGACUUCGACAAUCGCCGUUUGUGGACUGUGGGCAUCGAACGUGCUGCAUUCUACGCUUUCCCGUUGCUGGGCAGCGUCAUGCUGAAGCUGAAGAUAAUUUACAGCCAAAAGUUUGACAGCCUCAAGGACAAGAUCCACUAUUCGCUCGCCGCUCUCGUGUGA